AUGGAGGCGUCGUCAUUAACAUUGGACCGGUCGGUCCCCACAAGCCUGUCUGAAUUGGCCUCUACCAAUGCUCCAUCCUCCACUUUCCUACCCACAUCCAAUCCCGCCUCAUCUGUGCAAGCACCGUCUUCGUCAGCUUCAACUUCACGUCCAUCUGGCCCUCCGAGCGCUUUCAACAGCAGCAGCGGCGCGAAGAAGCCCGCCGGGGUGCAGGAUCACGCGCCUGUCAUCCCCCCCCGCGUACCGCAAGGCAGCGGCAAUCCCGGAGACCCUCUCGUUAUCGAAGAUAGUGAUGAUGACGGGUCAGCGGAUGAAAAUACCGUCAAUGGGCGGGAGGUUGCGUUGGCGUCGGCGGUGAAGGGAGAUAUUGUCAAUGGGCGGGAGGUUGCGUUGGCGUCGGCGGUGGAGGGAGACAUCGUCAAUGGGCGGGAGGUUGAUUCGGCGUCGGCGGUGGAGGGAGACAUUGUCAAUGGACGGGAGGUUGAUUCGGCGUCGGCGGUGGAGGGAGACAUCGUCAAUGAGCGGGAGGUUGAGUCGGCGAAGGCGGUGGAGAGGCAUAUCAUCAAAUUGCCAAAGCGUGCGUUGGCGUCGGCGGUGGGGGGAGGCAUUGGCGGAGGGCCGAAGGUUGCGUCGUCGGUGGUCGCGAACAAGGCUAUCGCUGAAAGGUCAAAGCGUGCGUCGGCAACGAACGUAAAGGAGGAUAAAGAAGUUGGGGACAUUAGGGAAAGGAAGGACUUAUUUAUCGCCGCGUGGAGAAAGGGCAUCAAGAAGCCCCGCCUAGAGUAG